UUUUGCAAGUAUUAUGAAAGAAACAAAAAGAAAAUACACAAUGUAGUUGUGCAUUUUAAGAAACCAAACUUGAAAUGUUUUUCUUUUCUUUUCUUUUCUUUUCUUUUCUUUUCUUUUCUUUUCUUUUCUUUUCUUUUCAACCGAAGAGCGGCAGUCAGGGCGCAAACGCACGGUUUUGGACAAUGUAGUUCGUUUGAAAAAAAAUUCCGUCACUCCUGCACGGUUAGCGUCCCACAUUUCCCAGCCUGCCUUGCGGCCCCCGUGCUGUGUUGUGGUUCCUGCACAGACGCGGCCAGUUCAAGUUGCCAUAGCACAGUGAAUCAGAGGAACACUUUUGUUGCAGCUCACACUCGCACAGGAAAACGUCCUCUUUACAACGUCUGCAAGUAUCUCUUGUAUCUUUCUGUUCGUUAGUUUGUUAUCUUAUGCUUCGGUAUCAUAGCUAAAUAAUUCUGCUAACCCUGUUUUAGCUUGCGAUCGAGUAGAUGCCACUUGUUGCUAACUAAGAGCAGCAUCUCUGAACUAUGUCCAGUGCUGUGAUUGACUGGGUGAGGGAUAGAGUUAAAUGCACUAAUCUUCAUAAGUUUCUUUUUACCUGCACUGAUUUUUAAUUGACAAUGCCAGAGCUCGAAUGGCCGAUUGAUACGAGGAUUCUAAAUAAUGUAAACAAAGAUGGAAAAACAAUCGAACCAUGGUAGCUAAUCUGAUUGGUUAACGGCGUUGUGCACCGACGAGGCUAGUGCACAGGAGUUGUUCGAUCUGUGCAGGCAGUUGUUUUUUGGUCAGCUUCCCAAAAGUCUAUUCCAAACUAUGGACACGUCCAGCGGGUCUGAGUCAUAUGACAGGACGCGGGGACACAGGGCUCGGGGCCGUGAAGCCCACCGCAGAUCCGUCCGGGACGGAGGCAGAGCCGGUGGGAGUGGAGGUGGGGAUCGAACUGUUGACAUCUCCGACAAGAUCAACACUCUGGCUAAUACUUUGGAGGACACAAGUAGGAACUUGUCAAAAGUUGACAGGAUGUUGGGCCAGUACAGAGAGCACAGUGAUGAGCAGGCGGAGGCCAUGGCACUGCUCAGGGAAAACCUGGAGGAGUCCAUCAAUCAGCUACAAACCCAGAGGCCCAGCCGCUCCAACGGUGCUCGAAGUGAAUCAGCUUCAGCCUCACCUCUUCACACCAGUGACCUGGAGGGAGGGUCAUGGUCAGAAGGCCAGCGUUUCUAUCCCACUUCUCCACUGAGGGACUACACAGGCACGGCAACACAAAGGCCCAGGAGAAGGAGGUCUCAGUCUGUGGGUGUGCGUUUCAAGGAUGCUAACAUGGCAGAGGAAGACAUUCACUCUUUACACCAGUCCCUAAGGGAUGUUCGUUGUGACCAGCAGAGACUCUCUCAUGAUCUGGACAGAGAAAUCCUCAGGAGGAACAGGUAUCAGCCUGAGUCGGAUAUUGACACCCGAACCGCAAUGGAAAAGCUCACGGGGCAUCUGACAACAUCACUGGGACAAGAUUCAAUGUCGUCUCGCGUGGAGCGCCGUCUGCAAGAGCUGGAGAGAGAGAUGCGCAGCGAGACGAGAAGCUUGGACAGAGAAAGAAGACCUGCGAUGCAGGAGACUUUAGGGAGACAAGUCUCAGCCCGUGACAGCGAUGAGGCCACGACAGCCAGGGUGUUGAAGGCAGAGACGGAGAAGUCCAAGAUGGAGCAGGACCUGAAAAAUGCACAAAGGCUUUUAGAGCAGUCGGAAGGCAGUCGAGAGUCGCUCUUUCAACAGGUGGAGAACAUGCGUGAGGAACUUCUGAGGACGAGAAAGGAGAACAGCGAGCUCCAGAAAGCCCAGUUGGAGUCCUCCCAGCACACUGCUCAAACACAUGGCAACCGAGAGGAAAGGAGUGGCCUCAGAGAGCCAGGUCGUUCGGACCUGGAGAAAGAAGUGGCAGAGCUGAGAGUCCAACUGCGCAAAGCAUUUGUCGUCGACGAGGUGGAGGAACUGAGGAGGGCUUUGGACCGCAAGGAGAAGGAGAAGCUCCGUCUCAGCCUGCAGGUGGAGGAGCUGUCGUCCGACAUGGUACGGCGGGAGCAACAGCAGCUCAGAAUGCUGGAACAGUUGAGGGAGAUGCAGAGCCGAGGGCAGGAAGAACGGAAGCACAUGGAGUCAUUAGUCCAGGAGAGUUCGAGGAGCAGGGAUGAAUUGAAGAUCAGGGCCCAGGAGGCUGUGCACCAGUGGAGGGCAAAGUGCAAGAGAAUGCAGAAGGAGCUGGAGGAGGCAAAGUCACACGUUCAGUUCCAUACAGAAAAGGCUCACCAGGCAACGAGGGAAAAGGAGAGCUCACAGGCCCAGCUAAAGGUGCUGAGCCAGCAGACUGAGGCAGCCCGCAAGGAGCUUCCUGAAAUCCUGGGCCGUUUGGCCCACCGGGAGGAAGAACUGCAUCGCAAGGACGUGGCCCUGUCCGAGGCCCGCCAGCGGCAGUUUUCACUGGAGCAGGAAAUUCAGGAGGUAAGACAGACUUUAAUUGGUCUGGAGGAACAGACUCAGUGCCAGGCCGCCGUCCAGGCAAAACUGAGAGAAGAAAACCACAGGCUGGAAGAGCAGGCCAACAUCCAAGCGCGUCGUAAUCAAAGAGAGCAGGACGCACAUGCCGAGCUCCAGGCGUCUUUGAAGCGGAUGACCACGGCCCAUGCACAGCUAGCUCAGCGUCUCGCUGAAGAGGAGAGCUCCAGGAAGGAGCUCCAGAAAGGUGCCUCUGAACUACAGUCGAAGCUGGCGACGACGCAAGAGGAGCAGACGGCACUUCGGCAACAGCUGCAGCUGGAGAGGGACGUGCAUCAGAAGGAAUUGGAAAACAUGAAGGCGGUGAUGGAAGACGGCGUUCUGAAGAAAGAUCGUGAAAUGCAGCUGCACCUGAUGGAGCUGAAGGCGGACGCAGCCUCAGACAAGGAGCUGUGUGGGAUUCUCCGCCUCAAGCUGGACAGGAUGAAGGAUGAGUGUGAUAAGCUGGCAACCCAGCUGAGCGCAAAGGAUGAAGCACAGGAAGUCUUACAGAGAAAGUACCAUCUCCUCAAACAGAAGCUGGAUGACAAAAUCAAGUCAGAUGAACGGAGAUGUGAUUUAGAAUCAGAGCUGCAGGAGAAGUUGUUACGGAUGGAGGCAGAACAAGAAGCAAUCCUUUCCUCCGUUGGUGAGGAACUAGACGCUGCCUGCCGAAGUCUGGACAGAAAUGGUGAAGGUCACCUCAAGGGAAUCUCACAAAAACCUGGAUUGGUCAAAGACCCCCAUCGCUGGUUCACGGAGACAAAGACGAAGCUGCGGUGGUUGUGUGAGGAGGUGAGGGCCUGUGUGACCAAAGAACAACGCCUGAGGAAGCAGCAUCAACAAGCCCGGGAUCAGAUCAAGACCCUGAGGCAGAGCCGGGACUCGGAGCACGUGGUUCUCCUGCAGCGCCUGGACGAGCAAGAGGAACUGCUGCGUUCCCUCAACACAGAAAAGAAAGAGCUGCUGGAAAAAAAUCGCAGGAAGGAGGAAGAAAUGCGGAGCCUCCAGGACCGUGUUUUGGAUGUCGAAAUGAGCACAAGAAUGGCCUUAAACCACUUGGAGUCAAUUCCUGAGAAACAGUGUCUGAUGGAGGACUUCAAAGACUUGGAGGAGUCACAGCGGCAGAUAGAGGUUGUGGAGCAGCGAUACGCCAAAUACAAGGAGGUAGUGUGGGACCUGCAGCACCAGCUGGACGAGUCGAAACGCAAAAUACAAGAGUACAGGGACGAAAAGAUGGACGCCACAUCCCGGAGCCUGAAGUUGGCUGCUCUUUGUUCCUCCAUCAAAGGCACCAGUCCACUUCUUAGCAGCUCUCAGAAGUCUGACACACUGUCUCCUCAUAAACAUUUGACCUCUUCGGCUUUGGACGACUCUGCAGUCAAAGGUGUUCAAACCCCUUAAAGAUCAGCUCAACUAGAAUGAGCUUUUUAUUUUUUGAUGCAUCCAUUCAAAACAAGGUCAGUCUGCUCCACAGACAUGGUGCUGAUUUAGGACAAAGGACAGCAAGACUCACUCACUCAAUACUCAUCCUCCUGCACUACCUCAAACCAAACACCGAACAUGCUCUGGAGCAGAACGAUUAGCCUGAGCCGUCGCACCGGGGACUGAGAAGUAUUUUUUUAAGAAGGACUUAUUUUUUGCACAUUGUAAACAAUAACCUAAUGUUUUAUUUAUAAGAUUUGUGCACUGUAAUAAGUAGGUUUUAACCAUCAUGGAUUGUCUAUUUUGUGUUUUCCACUAGUCCAAAACAUUUGAACUUGGAUUUUUGAAAUUGGUGUCUUUUGAAACGCGUGCAUUUAUACCAGGUGCUGUUUAUCGUAACAAUGUUCUUACUACUCUUGAAGAAAUGAGGGAAUUAGUCUUUGUUGGUUUUCCAGCACAUAUGAGUAAAAAAGAAAGAUAUGCAAAAGUAUGUAUUUUUUCUGUGAAUUGAACCAAAGGUAUAUUCUUCUUGAAUAAAAACGUAUCUCAAAGGUUGUUUUUUUUAAUAACCCUGCUUGAGGCAUAGUGGUUCUUAAACUUUUUAUACUCUGCACCACCUGAGAAAACCUUGAUCUCUCUGAGUA